GGCUUCGGUGACCAGGCCCAUGGAUCGGCAUGCGGUGAGCACCGCCGUGAAGGUUACGCCGUCCGGCUUCAGCCCCGACCUCCACAUGUCGUGGAACAGCGCCGCCGCCUCGUGUGCCUGCCCGUGCACGGCCAGCCCGGUGAGCAUCGCGUUGCAGCACCGCAGCGGAGGUCGGGCUCGACGCGGCCACCCGCUUGCUGCGCCCCGUGCUCAGUGGCGUGUUCAGCAUGCCGCUGCUGGCGCACUACAAGGUCGACCCCAAGCGCAACCGGCUGCUCAUGGUGGCCUGCAACGCCGAGGACAUGCUCCUCCCGCGCGCCAACUUCACUUUCUACGAGUUCGACGCCGGCUUCAGGCUGGUGCAGAAGCGGGAGUUCGUGCUGCCGGCGCACCUCAUGAUCCACGACUGGGCCUUCACCGACUCCCACUACGUCGUCCUCGGCAACAGGAUCAGGCUCGACAUCCCGGGGUCGAUGCUGGCCAUGACGCGCACGCACCCCAUGAUCGCGGCGCUCGCGCUGGACCCGGGCAAGCGGACCACGCCGGUCUACCUGCUGCCGCGCUCCACGGAGGCCGUGGCCAGCGGCCGCGACUGGACCGUGCCCGUCGAGGCGCCGUCGCAGAUGUGGUCGCUGCACGUCGGCAACGCCUUCGAGUAGGACAACGGCCGCGGCGGCCUCGACCUGCACCUGCACAUGUCGGGCUGCUCCUACGACUGGUUCCAUUUCCACAAGAUGUUUGGUAACGUCGUUGACAUGGCACCAAACAUUCAUGAUGAUCCAGUGACUGACCGACAUAUCCGUGCUCCGACAACUGGAAGAACAAGAAGCUGGAGCCUUCCUUCAUGAACGCAGUGAAGACCAAGGAAAUGCUGCCUCUUGUUCUUACCUGAAUAAUUGUGUAGUGCGGGUUCAUUAGUGCUAAGUCUAGGGGGGUAAUUGCAAAAUGUGCUGCGCUGACUGGCUCUGCUGACUAGGCUCCACUUGUCGUUGUCUGAUUGGCUAGGACCAAAUUUGCACAUUGGUGCAAGUUGUGGGAUGCAAUAGUUUGCUUUUGCAAGUUUUAGACUAGAUCAUCACAUCCUGGACAAGUUCGAGGACUGCUGGUGCUAUUACCUCCAUGUAAAAUGGUGCCGGUUGCAUGCUGCGCAGGCAUCUCGGUGAAAACUGGCCGAUCGAUCGUCGGAGCCUCGGGACCGAUCGACCGCGCGGGCGGGCGUGUCCUGCCCUCCAUGGCUCCGUCUGCACGCACGGAUAUGCAAAGUGCACAUGCAUCAGGCCUCCAAG